AUGAGACAUGAGGGUGAGAAGUUCAUCAUGCAGUCAGUCAUGUCUAAUGAACGGUUAGACCCGCUUCCAACACCCGUGACCGGGGUUUUGCAUGUAAUUAGUGAGCGAGAAUCACGAGAUAACAUAAAGCGCAAGUUGCGGCGGCGGCCGAUUUGGGGGCGGGGCAUCAUCAGGAAGAAAAAGAGCUAUAAAAAGGAGGAAGCGGAGGAAGAUGAUGAACCGGAAGAGGAGGAGGGAGCAGACGACUCUGCUGCAGUGGUGCAAGGUGACGCUUAUCUCACCCAGGACGAGUCGUCCUGUGAUGCCAUGGAGCUCCAUCCUGACAAGCAACCACUCCAGGCCAACGGACACAUCCUCUCCACGGAGGAGGAGAAUUCCUCUGAACCGACGGCCACUCAGGACUCUCAGGGCGAGAAGGAGCCCAUCAAGGCCCCCUCAGAGGAGGCUUCCAGCAGUAAGGAGGCCACAACAGUCCCUGCUCCUCAAGAGUGUGUGAAUGGAAAUGAAUCUAUGGACAGCGUGUACAGUGAGGCUCUUGAUAAAGAAACCGAGGUAGACUCAAUUAAUAAAGAUGCACUUGAAGCAGAGCAUAAGGAGCCUUCUGCCCCAGAAUGCAAUGCAGAAGAGAAUGUGACCGCAGCGGAGGGGACGGCAUCUGAUGGCGACCAUGAAACAGAAGGUUCAUCAAAUGGGAAGAAAAAGUCAGACGAGUUGGCCGUCGGACUCGAGGAGACUGUGGAACUUCCGCCACCUCCGGCUCUCGUGGUUGACCACCACCGACUCAAACUGGGUGAAUCUCAGGAAACCUGUCAAGAACGUGUCUAGUGCACAUUUCACCACAAC